UUGGCGAUGAAUGCGCAUCCGAGUCUAGCCAUGGCGAACGCAACCGGCGCUGCACUCAGCUCUGCACAUGUCGUACCAAGCAAACGAUACAACCCGGAGUAUCGCUGGGAAGUGAUCGCAGCAGGCUGUACGUGGUACCAUUCCCGGAAGGCAGUCCAGUCACGGUUAAUCCAAGCACAGGGCGCAAACCGAGUACGACUGCGAGUCGCCAAGGCCUCCGGCAGCUCUCUCAGCAACUCAGCCAACGGAUUCCGCUCGAUGUCUACGAGCACAUCAUGGACCAGAUGGACCAAAUGGGGCUGUACCGUGCUGCGCUCGUCUGCCACGCCUGGUACCACCAGAGCAUCCGCCUCCUCUACCGCACCGUCGAGAUCCAGCAGCGCUCCGCGUUCAGCACCAUCUCACGCACGAGUCCCGCCGCACGGGCCCGCCUCGUGACAAGCAGGGAGCUGCGCAUAACACAUCGCAGGGGUCCACCCUUCUGUCACGCAGUCCCGCUUACCCUCGGACGCGCGAUGCCCGCAGUCGAGCGCCUCGCGUUCCACGCCUGCCUCCAGCCGCUCAUGCACCCGACCUUCGCGCGCUACCUCUCGUCAUUCAAAAGCGUAACGAGGCUCGAGAUCGAAGGCUUCCGAUUCUCGAGCGUCGCGGAGCUGCAGAGGGUGCUCUGCGCAUUUCCGCGCCUCACCCACCUAUGGCUUUCGCGCGGGGAGUUCGCGCGGAGUGCGGGUGCACAGGAGGAAGGGAAGGAGGGACAGUUCGUGCACGCGACUGGGCCACAGAGCCUACGGCUCCAGACACUAGCCAUCGGCAUGCAGCUGAGUGCUGCGGUGCUGGAGGCCCUAGUCGAUUGGCUCAUUGCAUCUUCUGCGUACCGGACCAUAGCGCAUCUAGAGUUCUGGCGAGACUCGCUCGAAAGCAUCGUUUCCGUCAACCGACUCCUGGAAUUCAUCGGCGGAGCGUUGCUUGACUUUCAUGAACAUCAGGGCCGCCUUGCGUCAGCACGUCGAUCUCCAGUUCAAUUACCGUCUUCGCACUCUGGAGAUGACCAUGUCGAGGCGUCUAACGGAAACGAUGGGUAUCCAGUGGCCUGGCAUCAUGGAAGAGCUGCUCUCCGCGUCCGAAGCUUGGAUGUAGAGCGAGUUCUGCUCCACAUCGUUAGUAGAACGGCGGCGGCGGCGGGCCAGAUGCUUCCGCUCGCUGCCUCUGGGAGCGGCCGACCUCCCCUCUAUGACGCUCUCGAGCGCUCAAAUUUCGAUCUAUUGCGGGAGGUACAGGCGACGGUGGAGCUAGACUCAACGGACUUAUCAUCUGAUGAAGUAAACAAGAUGGUUGCGGAGAUGCACACGCGCAAGAUCGUCCCAUACAUGCGCGUACUACUCGUGCCUUGGCACAAGCGGGGCAUUCUCGCCGUUACGCCAAUUUAUUGGAACCUCUCGCCAUCAUACGGAGAGUUGGACCCCAGUUCUGCGUCCGGGUUGUUGUACGCACAUCAGAUGGAGUUCUACCACCCCAAAUACCUUCCAGUUGGACUGCUCGAACCGCCAUAUGAUCCUGAAUUUGCGUCAGGGUUAUUGCACACGGAUCAGAAAGAGCUCUACCAUCCCCAGUAUCUUCCACUCGGACUGCUCAAGCCGCCAUAGCUAUACAG